AUGAAACUCAUACAUUCAUGUAAGUUUCAGGAAAUUAAAUUUAGUGAUACAGUUACAGGUGAAGUUGGUGAAAAUGAUGGUGAAACUGUGAAACUAAAUAUAACAGCCAAUAAGAAGCUUCAUGAUGAAACUUAA